CAAACUCAUCACAAAGCCUUUUCGACCAAACUACAUUUAAUUUGAAGCAAAUUUGGUUGUGCCUUUUCACCUUUCUCUUUGCAAUGAAAACUGCUGCCAUUUUUCUUGGCAUUAUUCUCUCUUUGCUUUUGUUUGUUAACUUCUGCUAUGCAGCAGAGGAAAGUGUUACUGAAUUUCAGUCUGGGAAAGGUGCAGCUGGUGUAACAGCUAAAAAUGGAGGAGAAGAGCAAGAAGAGAAAUUCAAGUUUCUUCAUCACCACAAGCCAUACUUCAAGAAACCAUUUCUAAAGCCAGUUCCAUACAAGCAUCCUUUUCUCAAGAAGCCAAUUCCAGUUCACCCAUUUCUCAAGAAGCCAAUUCCAGUUCACCCAUUUCUCAAGAAGCCAAUUCCAGUUCAUCCAUUCCUCAAGAAGCCAUUUCCAAAGCCAAUUAAACCACCAGUCUUCCAUAGCCAUCCUUGAAAAACACCCUCCACUUUCAUAUGCUAUAUAAGAAUAAGAAAUGCUGUCUGUGACAUAAAGAAGAAAUGAAUUUGAUGUUAAAAAAAGAAGGGGUCAGUUCUAUUAUUACUGUAACUUGUGUCAAGUGUAGUAUUGGAUGAAGUUAUUUACAAAUAAAGCUUUGUUUCUGUGUUGUUUCUGUUUAAAA